AUGGCAAUGGCAAAUAACAAAACUCGAUGUCUGAAAUGUAAUAAAGACAGAAUUACAUAUUCUUGUAGAGGAUGUUCAAAAGAAUUUUGUUUAAUACAUUUAAACGAACAUCAACAAGUGCUAAAUGAAGAAUUAAACCAUAUAAUUAAUGAUUAUGAUCAAUUUAAACAAAAAAUUAAUGAACAAAAACAAAAUCCAUAUAAUCCUUCAUUGAUAGAACAGAUUAAUCAAUGGGAAACAAAUUCAAUUGAAAAAAUUCAACAAAAAGCCAAAGAUUGUAGAGAAAAUGUGAUUAAAUCUUGCCAAACAUUUAUUAGUGAUGUUGACAUGAAAUUCAAAGAUCUAACUGAACAAAUAAAACAAAUCCAUGAAGAAAAUGAAUUUAAUGAGAUAAAUUUAAGUUAUUUAAAGAAUCAAUUGAUAGAAAUUACAGAAGAUAUGAAUAAGCCAUCAAAUAUUACUAUUCGACAAAAUUCAAAAUCAUUUGUUACUGAAAUUUCAAUUAUUUUACCAAAAUCGAAAUUUAACAAAUGGAAACAAAAUGCCAUCACUAUAGCUGCUGAAAAUGGACAAGGACAGGAAUUAAAUCAACUCAAUAGCCCUUGUGGAAUCUUUAUUGAUGAAAUGAAAAACAUUUUCAUUGCUGAUUUUGAUAAUCAUCGUAUUAUUGAAUGGAAAUGUAAUGCAAAGAAAGGACAAAUCAUUGCAGGCGGAAAUGGUAAAGGAAAUCGAAUGGAUCAAUUAAAUAAUCCAACAGAUGUGAUUGUUAAUCAACAAAAUCAUUCGAUCAUCAUUUCUAAUCAAGGGAAUAGACGAGUGAUUCAAUGGUUCAAUCAAAAUCAACAAAUUCUCAUUGACAAUAUUGACUGUUGGGGGUUAGCAAUGGAUAAAAAUGGAUUUCUUUAUGUUUCUGGUUAUAAGAAGAAUGAAGUGAGACGAUGGAAGAUAGGAGAAAACAACGAAGGAAUUAUAGUGGCAGGUGGAAAUGGAAAAGGAGAUCAGUUAAAUCAACUCAACCAUCCUACCUUUAUCUUUGUUGAUGAAGAUCGAUCUAUUUAUGUAUCAGAUAGAGACAAUCAUCGUGUGAUAAAAUGGAUAGAAGAUGCAAAAGAAGGAAGAAUUGUUGCUGGAGGAGAUCGUCAAGGAAGAAAUCUUGAUCAGUUAUCUUCACCUCGAGGAGUGACUGUUGAUCAGUGGAGUCAAAUCUAUGUGGCAGAUUGUGAGAAUGGUCGAAUAAUGCGUUGGUGUGAAGGAAGAGAAGACGAUGAAAUUGUCGUUGGUGGCAAUGGAAAAGGAAAUCAAUUAAAUCAAUUGAAUGGUCCUCGUGGUUUAUCUUUCGAUGACGAAGGAAAUCUUUAUGUUGCUGAUUGGGGAAAUUAUCGAAUUGAAAAAUUCGAAAUAAUAUUGUGA